GUGUGGUACCAGAAGGGUUUGUUCCCCUCAGAGCCUGUGUUCGUUCCCUCGCCGGAGGCCGUGGAGGAGGACGAUGGGGUCAUCCUGUCCGUGGUGGUCACGCCCACUGAGGAUAAGAGGACAUUCCUCCUGGUUCUGAAUGCCAGGACAUGGGAGGAGCUAGGGAGAGCUGAGGUGCCUGUCAACGUUCCCUACGGUUUCCAUGGGGCCUUCAACUCCACCGCCUAGAUCAGCGAUACUGUCCUACCAACUACCCCUCUCUUCCUCCCUCCCAUUCCCUUUUUUCUCCAUUCAGGCACAUGCCCAGAAAGGAGUCUAGCUGUGCUGAGCACAUGCACCACUCCCACUCGCCACAUGCCCUUUUGGGUGGUGGUAUAAUUACAUUUUUUGUAUACAUUUAUUGUGGUUCUUCUGAAGUCCCUCCAUUCCCCAUUCUCCUUCCCUUCCUUCCUUCUUUCUUCCCUCCUUAGUUCCUCCCUUAUACAACCCACUGUCCUGAAACCAUCAUGGUCAAACCCACUCUCUGUAUUAAGCCCCCAGAAAAAGAAGGACCAAGCUAGAGGGCUGCCUUCCUUUGCGAUGCAACGCAGGACCUGCGUGUCGUGACAGAGAUCAUUGCAGCACAGUUGGCAUUUUAUUCAUGCUGAGGGGGGAAGUGGGAGGUCAGACACACCUAUGGGAUGAAAAAGGUUUUGUGUC